AUGAAGGCUAACCUACCUCAUACCGAUGCCUGCGUUGAACUUGCUCUCCUCGAUGGCGGCAGCUUUUUAGGAGAUUUGAGCCGUAUGCAUGCUGGCGAAAACGGUACGUUUCGCAUGUAUAAUUGGGCAUUCUAUGUCUCGCACCAGGGAAGACAUAUACUUUGGGAUCUUGGGUUGGACGAGGACCGAAGUUGUUAUACUCCAUGGGUUAACAAAUUCAUGCUAGAGCAUGUCAAUCACGUUGGACCUAGGAGGACCAUCGUCCAGCAAUUAUCAGAAAGAGGCGUGUCUGCAGAAGAUAUCGAUACCGUAUUGUUCAGUCACGCUCAUUGGGACCACUCGCGACCCAUCAGCGAUGUAUUUCCGAAUGCAAAAGCGUACUUCGGUCCGGGAACAAGGGCAGCAUGCCAGCCAGGGCAUAUGAAGGAUCCGAGCCUGCAGUGGGAUGGCCGCUUCUUCGACCCGGAGCAUUCGACCGAAACAUGGGACGAGCUACAGGGUGAAUGGAGACCUUUUGGCCCGUUUGAGAGAGCGCUGGACUACUUUGGUGACGGCAGUUUCUGGGUCCUCGACGCGCCUGGUCAUAUGCCAGGCAACAUGGCUGCUGCAGCAAGACUGCAAGGCGGCGAGUGGGUGAUGCUUGGUAGCGAUUGCUGUCAUUCGCGGGAUCUGUUGGACGGCCUACGAGAAAUUGCGGAAUUUCAGGGACCAGGGGCAGUGAGCAUGUCUCUUCAUACAGAUCUCACUUCUGCGAGAGACACCAUUGCCAAGAUACGACAGCUGGAAACCAAUUUUGGUGUUCACACCGCGCUCGCGCACGACGCGUCGUGGUUGAAGCAGGGCACAGAUCAAGUGCUCAUGUCGCUGCUGGACAGCAAGAUGCGCGUCGCAGCCAAGGAGAAGAUACCGUUUGAUGAGAUACCAUAG